AUGGGCAGUUCCCCUCCGUCUGGCGUCGAACCCGGGAGCUUGACAAUUGGCCCCCAAGACCCUUACCAAACGAGCUACCACAUCCCGUUUUAUGGUAAUCUUGAGAUGGUAGGUUAUCGGUGGAUCACAAGAUUACUUGCUCUUGCUUGUUAUGCAAUCCUCCUUAUGCCUGGUUUUCUUCAAGUUGCAUAUCAUUAUUUUUUCUCACCCCAAGUUAGGAGGAGUAUUGUAUAUGGUGAUCAACCUAGGAAUAGGCUGGAUUUGUACAUACCACCACCAACAAGUGCCGGCCUUAAGCCUGUUGUGGUUUUCGUGACUGGUGGAGCUUGGAUUAUCGGGUACAAAGCUUGGGGCUCUCUCUUGGGACUGCAGCUAGCAGAAAGGGAUAUCAUUGUUGCAUGUCUAGAUUACAGAAACUUUCCUCAAGGAACAAUUAGUGACAUGGUAAGAGAUGUUUCUCAAGGAAUCUCAUUUGUAUGCAAUAACAUCUCUGCAUUUGGAGGCGAUCCUAAUAGAAUAUAUUUGAUGGGACAAUCAGCUGGUGCACAUAUCUCUUCUUGUGCUCUCAUUGAACAAGCCAUUAAAGAAUCAAGAGGAGAACGUAUCUCAUGGAGUGCUUCUCAGAUAAAAGCUUACUUCGGUUUAUCUGGCGGGUACAAUCUCUUCAAUAUGGUUGAACACUUCCAUAACCGAGGCCUGUAUCGUUCUAUUUUCCUUAGCAUAAUGGAGGGAGAAGAGUCAUUUGAACAAUACUCUUCUGGCAUCAGAUUGAAAGAGCCGAGAGUAAGAAAAGCUGCAUCUCUCUUGACUCAUAUUGUGCUCUUUCAUGGAUCCGAAGACUACUCCAUCCCAUGUGAAGCAAGCAAAACUUUUGCUGAAGCUCUUCAAGGUGUUGAAGUUAAAACAGACCUAAUUAUCUACAAUGGUAAAACUCACACUGAUCUAUUUCUUCAGGAUCCUUUGAGAGGAGGUAAAGACGAGCUGUUUGAUCAUAUAGUCUCCAUGAUACACGCCAAUGACAGUGACGGUUUGAGUAAAGAUGCGGUUGCACCACCGAGAAGACGGCUUGUGCCUGAGAUUUUGCUUAAACUGGCUGGUAAGGUCAGCCCUUUCUGAACAUGAAGACUAAUGUUCGAUAUGUUUGUUGAAACUUCUUGUUCUGU